AGGGUUUUGUUCUGAAAGCCUGGCAACCCUGAGCUCUACUGUCAUGGCGGAGACGGAGCGGAGUAGGAGCUGAUUCAGGAAGAGAUGGCGCUGUAAAGUGGGUUACCGCUGAAACUUCACUCCAGCAGUUCCCACAGCGACCGAGAGGAUUGUCUUCUCUUCGGAGGGAUCCCUGAAAGCCAAUGUCGGACGUUUCUUGCCUUAUAGUUUGUAGUUUUUUGCGGCUUAUCGGUGCGACUAACGUUACCUGCGCGGAAUCUCUUCAGCAUCGCUGUUUCCUGUUUGACGCGCAAACACUUCAAUUACAUUUUUGUUUAAAUGUCUUUACUUUAUUAAUCCGGCCGAGUUUGACACGCGUUGUGUUUCGUAUCUAGACUCACCACAGCGCGGUUUUGUCCUCCUUUUGACAAGUUUAUAGCUGUUUUUCUUCUCCACAGUAGAAUAAUUCCUGUCAGUCAGGUUAGUGACAUCAACCGGCGCUUCCCGCCGAAAUUAACGGAUAAACUGGCCUUGAAUGGAGACCAGGACCUGUUCUUCACCUCUGUCAACUUAACGUUAACGAGACAUUUCCGUACGUUUCCCCGUAGUUUAACUCGACGGUAGGGUCAGACAGGUGUCCCACCUGUUCCCCUAUCACCUGUCUCCGUCAUGGCGAGCGCAGGUGACAGCGCUGUCGGGAUUCCCAUCCGAGGAAUCCGCAUGAAGUUCGCCGUGCUAGCGGGGCUCCUGGAGGCUGGUGAAGUCUCCAACCGGGACAUUGUGGAGACGAUCUUCAAUCUGCUGGUCGGUGGACAGUUUGAUCUGGAGAUGAACUUUAUCAUCCAGGAGAUGGAGAGCAUCAUCUGCAUGGUGGAGCUGCUGGAUAAAUGUGUCUCCACUUGCCAGGCGGAGGUGUGGAGUAUGUUCACCGCCGUGCUGAAGAAGAGCUUGCGAAACCUGCAGGCCUGCACUGAUAUCGGCCUCAUCCAGCUGGUGCUCCAGCGCAUCGACCGGGUCGACACCAUGAUCGCAGAUCUGAUGGUGGACAUGCUGGGUGUGCUCGCCAGCUACAGUAUCACAGUGAAGGAACUGAAGCUGUUCUUCAGUAAACUGAAAGGAGAACAAGGCCAAUGGCCUCCUCAUGCUGUCAAGCUGCUUUCCGUGCUGAAGUGCAUGGCUCAAAGAAAUGGCCCAGAUUCCUUUUUCAGCUUCCCAGGGAAGAGUGCUGCGGCUAUUGCACUUCCACCUAUUGCAAAGUGGCCGUACCAGAACGGCUUCACCUUCCACACCUGGCUGCGCCUGGACCCCAUCAAUAACAUAAACGUUGACAAGGACAAGCCUUAUCUAUACUGCUUCCGCACAAGCAAAAGUUUGGGCUAUUCUGCACACUUUGUGGGCGGGUGUCUGAUUGUCACCUCUCUAAAGUCCAAAGCCAAAGGCUUCCAGCACUGUGUGAAAUACGACUUCAAACCCCAGAAGUGGUAUAUGGUGACCAUAGUGCAUAUCUAUAAUCGCUGGAAGAACAGCGAAAUCAGCUGCUAUGUCAAUGGAGAGUUGGCGUCGUAUGGUGAGAUCACCUGGUUUGUCAACACGAGCGAUACAUUUGACAAGUGUUUUCUGGGCUCAUCAGAGACAGCAGACGCUAACCGUGUGUUCUGUGGUCAGAUGGGGGCAGUGUAUCUGUUCAGUGAAGCUCUCAGUGCUGCUCAGAUAUUAGCCAUCUAUCAGCUGGGGCCUGGAUACAAGGGCACUUUUAAGCACAAGGCAGAGAGUGACCUGCUGUUUGCAGAACAUCAUAAGAUGCUGCUGUAUGAUGGAAAGCUGUCUGCCAGUAUCGCCUUCACCUAUAAUCCUCGAGCCACUGACGCUCAGCUGUGUCUGGAGUCCUCUCCCAAGGACAAUGCUUCCAUCUUUGUGCACUCACCACACGCCCUCAUGCUGCAGGACGUCAAAGCUGUGGUGACACACUCGGUUCAGAGUGCCAUCCAUUCUAUAGGAGGAGUUCAGGUUCUUUUCCCCCUGUUUGCACAGCUGGAUUUCCUACAGCACAGCGGCGACGAGCUGGAUUCUUCCGUCUGUUGCACACUACUGUUGUUUGUGAUGGAGCUGUUGAAGGGCUCUGUAGCUAUGCAAGAGCAGGUGCUGUCCUGCAAGGGCUUUCUUGUCAUUGGUUACUCACUGGAGAAGUCUUCCAAAGUACACGUGACACGACCUGUGCUGGACAUUAUCCUUGCCUUCGCCCGUUAUCUUAGCAACCUUCCGACUGGAGUUUUGCUCUUGAAACAGCUGUGUGACCACAUCCUCUUCAACCCUACCAUUUGGAUUCAUGCCCCAGCUAAGGUACAGCUGGUUCUCUACACCUACCUGGCCACAGAAUUCAUCAGCACCGUCAACAUCUACAACACCAUCCGCAGAGUUGGAACUGUACUGCAGGUCAUGCAUACACUCAAGUAUUUCUACUGGGUUGUAAACCCACUGGACCGCAGUGGAAUCACACCCAAGGGUCUCGAUGGGCCGAGACCAAAUCAGAAGGAGAUUCUCUCUCUCCGAGCGUUCCUGCUGCUGUUUGUCAAGCAACUUAUCAUGAAGGAUCAUGGCGUAAAGGAAGACGAACUGCAGAGUAUUCUGAACUACCUGCUCACAAUGCAUGAGGAUGAUAAUCUGAUGGAUGUUCUUCAGCUUCUGGUAGCACUGAUGUCUGAGCACCCCAGCUCCAUGGUUCAAGCCUUCGAUCAGCGGAAUGGAAUACGGGUCAUCUUUAAGCUGCUUGCAUCCAAAAGUGAAGGGAUUCGUGUGCAGGCACUCAAAGUCUUGGGCUACUUUCUCAAAUAUUUGUCACCAAAGACAAAGUCAGAGGCCAUGCUGGCUCACGGUCUGUUCUCUCUGCUGACUGAACGAUUGAUGCUCCACUCGAACCAGUUCACAGUCACAACAUACAACGUGCUCUUUGAGAUUCUUACGGAGCAGAUCUGUACUCAGGUCAUUCACAAACAGCACCCAGACCCUGACUCCACCGUGAAGAUUCAAAACCCUCAGAUCCUAAAAGUGAUAGCUGCUCUCUUAAAGAACGCUCCUCCAGGAACAGAAACCAUGGAAGCACGGCGUAUCUUCCUCUCAGACAUGAUCAAACUCUUCAACAACAGCCGGGAGAACCGCAGGAGUCUGUUGCAAUGCUCGGUGUGGCAGGAGUGGAUGCUGUCUCUGUGCUUUAUAAACCCCAAGAACAGCGAGGAGCAGAAGAUCACAGAGAUGGUGUACGCCAUCUUUCGCAUCCUCCUUUAUCACGCCAUUAAGUAUGAGUGGGGCGGCUGGCGCGUGUGGGUGGACACACUCUCCAUCACGCACUCCAAGGUCACCUUUGAGGAACACAAAGAGAAUCUGGCCCGCAUGUUCACUGAGUACCAGCGGAUGGGUUCUGAGGGAGGAUCUGAAAGCAGAAUCAGAACAAUAUCUGGCACCAGUCACGAUUCUCAGUUCCUUGCCUCAGCCAAUGGUGAGCUGAAUGCAGAGGAGACCGCUCCAUCUACUGUAAUUGAGCUACGUGUGGAGGAGAAGGUCACCGAUCAGCCUGGAGACAGUGAGGAAACGAGGACCCAGAUCCCAGUCACAGUGUCUAACAUUCUGGCUAGAGAUGAGGAAGAGAGACAGACAGACAGCGUUGCUGCUUCUCCACAGAAAGGGGAUGAAGGAGAACAAGAUGCUACGAAAGAACCAGGAAAGGAUAAUGAAGUGAAAAGUUUGGAAGACAAUCAUAAAACGAAGGCUAACGUUGAUGGAGAGCUGGAAAGAGUUGAGGCUGACAUCACAAUGACUGAAGGUAGAGCUGAUCUGAGUGUGACAGAUGAUGCUGACAGUACUCGGACUGUGAAGCAGUACUCUGAAGCUGUGAAGAUGUCAGAUGAAGAUGAUGGCAAAACAAGCACUGCUGAAACUGAACUAAAUGUUCAGGUUGAAGAUAAAGAGAAAGGACCUGGAGAUUCUUCUCCUGAAGCUGUAAAGGAAGCCAGAGUGGAAGAAACCUCUGAGACUUCGGCCCACCAGGAGACCAGCACAACUUUGGCCUCCGUCACGAAGGAAGAUAGCACCGAUGUUUCCUCAGUCAGCAACUUCGUAAAGGUCAGUGAUGACAGCACGGAGGAGUCUUCUUUUGUUUCAGCCACAGCUGGAGAGACUGAUGACAAUGGUGCUGAAAAGGAAGAUGAAGGACAGGAGAAAGAAAAGAAUCUAGAAACCGAUAAAGAUGUGAAGCCACUGCAAAAUGAGAAAGUAGAGGAAUCCGAGGAUGCACCAGCUGCCAUGAUGGAGGUGGAUUUAAACCAAAGCACCUCCACCGAUGAGACCAAGCUUCACACAGAGACUACAGCGUCUACAGCUAGCCCUAGCACUGAGAGUGUCUCGCAGGAUCCAGGAACUAACCAAGACACCCUGAAGACAGCAGGGACCGAGACCUUAGCAACUAAAACCAAAGAGAUUAAAAUUGCUAGACUGGAUGUGUCAAGUGUGGCCUCAGACACAGAGAGACUGGAGCUGAAGGACGCCUCAACAACAAACCUGAGCCCAAAUCAGGCAACUGCCUCAAGCCCCUCAGCUCAGGGCAAUGAGGGCUCGUCUUCGGCACGGUCCACCAUGUUCCGUAUCCCAGAGUUCAAGUGGUCUCAUAUGCACCAGCGUCUUUUGACCGACCUGCUGUUCUCCAUCGAGACCGAUGUGCAGAUGUGGAGAAGUCAUUCGACUAAGACAGUUAUGGACUUUGUGAACAGCAGUGAGAACGUGAUGUUUGUGCACAACACUGUCCAUCUAGUCUCUCAGGUGGUGGACAACCUCAUCAUGGCCUGUGGAGGAAUCCUUCCUUUGCUGUCUGCAGCCACCUCUUCUUCGCAUGAGCUGGAGAACAUUGAGCCGUCUCAGGGUUUGGCUGUGGAGGCGUCACUGAUGUUCUUGCAGAGGCUGAUCAAUCUCGUGGACGUGCUGAUCUUCGCCAGUUCACUCAACUUCACUGAAAUUGAAGCAGAGAAGAACAUGUCUUCUGGAGGAAUCCUGAGACAAUGCCUGCGUCUGGUGUGCGCGAUGGCUGUGAGAAACUGUCUGGAAUGUCUCUCUCUCUCUCUCUCUCUCUCUCUCUCUCUCUCUCUCUCUCUCUCUCUCUCUUUCUCUCUACUGUCCAGAUGUCCUGUGGACAUUGUGACAGGAGGGAUGUCUCCUAUCAGAGAUUUAGACCGGCUUCUGCAGGACAUGGACAUCAAUCGUCUCCGUGCUGUAGUGUUCAGAGACAUAGAGGACAGUAAACAGGCUCAGUUCCUGGCCCUGGCAGUGGUCUACUUCAUCUCUGUACUCAUGGUAUCCAAAUAUCGAGACAUCCUUGAGCCACACAAUGACAAAAGACAUGCCCAGCGCUCACAGUCUGUCAGAAGCACAGAGAGUGUUCAGUCUGAUCUUGAGAACGGUUUGUCUCAUCAUCGAGAAUCUAGUAUUGAGGAUGCGAAAACCUCAGUCAUCCCCAGUGAUGCCGAGACACGGACCGGCCCGGAUGCUGUAUCUGAAGCCCUGUCUACUUUGUCCUCUGAAGUCAGGAGAGGUCAGGAGGUCACUGAUAGAGACAGCAAAGGAAAAAACGUCAAUGUCAAGGAUAUUCUGAGAAGUCUGGUUGGUGCUCCCUCUGAUGAAAUUAUGGUGGACCCUAGCCUUAUACCGCCCGGGUUUCUGGGUGCAGUGGGCGAUGCUUCCCGUGACCAGUCCGUCCAGUUUCACUCCUUUGACAGGAGUGUUGUUGUGGCACCUAAGAAAAUGGGUGGGGCUCCCUCACCAGGAAUGAGUACAGUCUCCGCAGCUGCAUCCGUCCCAUCAGCCACUGCUGCAUCCUCAGGUGAAACUACAGACAACAGUGUGUCAGUGGUGUCCGCAGGAGAAGCUGUUCAGAGCACAGAGUCCGCCCCAGGAGGAACCUCCACCAGCUCCAACCUGCCAUCUGUCCCUGCUUUACCCCCAGUGACCCAGAGCUCCACCCCCAACAUGAGUAUCUCAGAGAGGUUGGAACAUGCUCUGGAGAAGGCAGCUCCUUUACUCCGAGAGAUUUUUGUGGAUUUCGCACCGUUCCUCUCUCGCACACUGCUGGGCAGUCACGGACAGGAGCUGCUCAUCGAGGGCACCAGUCUUGUGUGCAUGAAGUCCAGCAGUUCUGUGGUUGAACUGGUCAUGCUGCUGUGUUCUCAGGAGUGGCAGAAUUCCAUCCAGAAGAACGCGGGCUUGGCCUUCAUCGAGCUUGUGAACGAGGGCAGACUGCUGAGCCACACCAUGAAGGACCAUCUGGUACGUGUAGCUAAUGAGGCCGAGUUCAUUCUGAGCCGCCAGAGAGCAGAGGACAUCCACAAGCACGCGGAGUUUGAGUCUCAAUGUGCUCAGUAUGCCGCUGAGAAACGCGAUGAGGAGAAGAUGUGCGAUCACCUGAUCAGGGCUGCCAAGUACCGGGAUCACGUCACGUCCACCCAGCUCAUCCAGAAGAUUGUGAACAUCCUCACAGAUAAGCACGGAGCCUGGGGCUGCUCUACUUUCAGCAGACCGCGGGAGUUCUGGCGCCUGGACUACUGGGAAGAUGACCUGAGGAGACGUCGGCGCUUCAUCAGGAACCCGUUUGGGUCCACACACUCUGAGGCCACGCUCAAGGCUGCAGCAGAGCAUGCUGCUGGUAUUAAAGCUCCAGAGGAGGACGUGCUGAAAGGCAAACAGUCCAUCAGGAGUUCAGUGCUGGGGAAUCAGAACUCGGAGAGUGAGCUGCUCUUGGAGGACGAUGACACUCUCUCAUCCUUGGACGAGAAAGACUUGGAGAACCUCACAGGGCCUGUUAACCUGAGCACCAGCGCACUGUUGGUUGCACCCGCUGUAGUGGUAAAAGGCACACUGUCCAUCACGGCCCUGGAGUUAUACUUUGAGGUGGAUGAAGAAGACCCGAGUUUUAAGAACACUGAUCCCAAGAUUUUGGCCUACACAGAGGGUCUGCAUGGGAAAUGGCAGUUCACAGAGAUCAGGGCAGUUUUCUCUCGCCGCUAUCUGCUACAGAAUACAGCGCUGGAGGUCUUCAUGGCCAACAGAACGGCAGUCAUGUUCAACUUCCCAGAUGCGGCCACAGUGAAAAAGGUGGUGCACUGUCUCCCCAGAGUUGGAGUAGGCACGAAUUUCGGCCUUCCUCAGACCAGACGGAUUUCUCUGGCCAGUCCGAAACAGCUCUACAAGGCCUCCAACUUGACCCAGCGCUGGCAAAGACGAGAGAUCUCCAACUUUGAGUACCUCAUGUUCCUCAACACCAUCUCUGGCCGUACGUUUAACGAUCUGAACCAGUAUCCUGUGUUCCCCUGGGUAAUCACCAACUACGACAGCGAAGAUCUCGACCUCACUCUCCCCAGCAACUACAGAGAUCUGUCCAAGCCCAUUGGUGCACUCAACCCAAAGAGGGCUGCAUUCUUCUCUGAACGCUUUGAAUCAUGGGAGGACGCGCAGGUGCCCAAAUUCCACUACGGCACGCACUAUUCCACCUCCAGCUUUACUCAGAUGUGGCUACUGAGGAUUGAGCCUUUCACGACAUUCUUCCUGAAUUUCCAAGGUGGGAAAUUUGACCACGCGGAUCGCACUUUCUCCUCAGUGUCCAGAGCCUGGAGAAACUGCCAGAGGGACACGUCUGAUGUGAAGGAGCUGAUCCCUGAGUUCUAUUACCUCCCUGAGAUGUUUGUCAACUCCAAUAAUUACAACCUGGGAGUGAUGGAUGAUGGGACGGUGGUGUCAGAUGUGGAGCUGCCGCUCUGGGCCAAGAGUCCUGAGGAGUUCGUUCGCAUCAACCGACUCGCUCUGGAGAGUGAGUUUGUGUCCUGUCAGCUGCAUCAGUGGAUCGAUCUGAUAUUCGGAUACAAGCAGCAGGGACCUGAGGCCGUCAGAGCUCUCAAUGUCUUCUACUACCUGACUUAUGAAGGAGCAGUCAACCUCAGCUCCAUAUCUGACCCCAUGCUCAGAGAGGCUGUGGAGUCUCAAAUCAGAAGUUUUGGACAGACACCCUGCCAGCUGCUGAUCGAGCCCCACCUGCCACGCAGCUCUGCCAUGCAGGUGUAUCUCCUUCUGCAGACCCCACUGAUGUUCACAGAGCAGAUGCAGCAGGACGUCAUCAUGGUACUCAAGUUCCCGUCCAACUCACCUGUUACCCACGUGGCUGCCAACACACAGUCAGGCCUGACCAACCCAGCGGUCAUCACAGUCACCGCCAACCGCCUCUUCGCCAUCAACAAGUGGCACGGCCUCACUGGUCAUCAGAGCGCUUCUAUGCAAGACCAGCAGUACCAGUUACCAGUUGAGAUUGACCCUUUGAUAGCCAAUAAUGUGGGCAUUCACAGGAGGCAGAUCUCAGAUCUGUUAGAUCAGAGCAUCCAGGUAAAUGCUCAGUGUUUUAUCAUCACGGCCGACAACCGCUUCUUGCUGCUCUGUGGCUUCUGGGACAAGAGCUUCCGCAUCUACUCCACUGAUACAGGUAAACUGACACAGAUUGUGUUUGGCCAUCUUGAUGUGGUGACCUGUCUGGCGCGCUCAGAGUCAUACAUUGGCGGAGACUGUUACGUUCUGUCCGGCUCCAGAGAUGCCACAUUACUGCUCUGGUACUGGAACGGCAAGCACAGCAGCAUUGGAGAGAACCCUGGGACAGAAUUCGUGACUCCUCGGACGAUCCUGACGGGUCAUGAUUGUGAAGUCACGUGUGCGAGUGUGUGUGCAGAGCUGGGACUGGUCAUCAGUGGCUGCAAAGAGGGUCCGUGUCUCGUCCACUCUAUGAACGGUGACCUGUUGAGGACUCUGGAGGGUCCAGACGGCUGCGUGCGGCCCCGUUUGGUUGUGUCCUCCACCGAGGGUCACUGUGUCAUUUAUUAUGACAAGGGCCACUUCUGUGUGUUCAGCAUCAACGGAAAACUGUUGGGACAUAUGGAGGUGGAAGACAGCAUGAAGGCGAUGCUGCUCAGUAAAGAUGGCCAGUAUCUGCUGACCGGAGGAGACGCAGGAGUUCUCAGCAUCUGGCAGAUUCAUGAUCUCAAGCAGCUCUUCACUUACCCGGGAUGUGAUGCUGGAAUACGCUCUAUGGCUAUGUCACAUGACCAAAGAUGCAUCAUCACUGGGAUGGCGUCUGGUAGCAUUGUUCUGUUCUACAAUGACUUCAACAGAUGGCACCACGAAUACCAAACUAGAUACUGACCCCGUGAGGCCACAGAGGGAACAGAGCAACCACGACCCUUCAUACAGACACUACCAACUACCAAGAGGCAUGAAUGUAUUCUAAAUAUUUAAAAAGCAAAACUAUUUUUUAAAAAUGGCAUUGCUAUAUUUUGUAGAUCUUAUUGAAUUUCUUACUAUAUAAAUCCUAGGGAGGGGUUAUAUACCUAAUAUUUGGAGGAAAAGAAUCUAUUUUUAGCCGUCAAAGUCUAUUUUCACCUUUGCUCUUGUGAAAAAGACUGGUCAAUAGCUAGACGACUCUAUUUGUGUAUAGUGUCUAUGGAUAGCUGAUUUGGUUGUGUAACUUAGGGAGGGUGAGUUUGUUUUUUAAUUCUUUCCUUCUCAUUUGCUGUGAUUAUUUUGACAGGAUGCCUCUAAACGUCAUGUUUUGUAGUUUAAUAGCUCAGUUCCUAAAGCUAACAGGAAGCUGCCUCAUUUUUUGGGGAGAAUUAUGGGAAUUAUAUUCAUAGAUUAAAUAGAUAGCCGUCUGCAGACAUAUCAAGGCAUCCACUUCAAAUGUUCACUUUAUGAAUGGAAAAGUGGCCUCAAAUGAGAGAAAUCUGAAGUUUUGUUGAAACGUGAGUGGACCUCUUGUGUGAUCAUGUAAUGAUGUCGCUUUAGAAACUGAAGGGACGGAUUCUGCAUAUGAAGAGAUAGUAAUUUAGAAAUUAUAUUAAUUAUCUUCAUGGUUUGGGGUGUGUUUUUAUCUUUUUUGUUUGUUCCACAUCUAUCAAGUGUUCCAGAAUGUAACCAUUUUUUUUCUUUUCUUUGAGGAGAUGCAAGUGAUGAUAAAAAAUAUGAAUGUCCAUUUCAAGUGUCAUCAAAUAGUCUUUUUGUCAUUUCACCACUGUGCUUUUACCCUUAGUGUAUGCAGACAUGAAUGAGGGCAGAGCGUCAUAUUUUGUUAGCAAUCUAAGUUGAGAUCAAAACUAAAAUUGGAUAAAAAAAAAUAAAAAAAACUUUACAAUAUUUCACUAUAUGUGGUUCAUAAUACAUCCGGCUCAAGAUAUAACCCUAUAGAUCACACUCAGGGCAAGCAGGGGUCUGUCAAAUUACAAAGAAGAGUUUAUUUCUUGGUUUGAGUCAGCUAUGGUGUGAUUCUGACAUUGACAAUGCAGUCUGAUUCCUUUGGUUUGGUUUGGUUCGUUACUGUUGUAUCAUGUUAUAUCUCAGCUAAAUCACAAUCAGAUUGGAAUGAGCAUCUUAUGACGUGUGUGAUGAACUCAAACAAUAAAAUGGCAUUUUGUACCAAUAAAAAA